AGAUUAUAUUGUUAGGUAAUCAGGGGAGUGGCUGAAUCAUAGCGUUUCUUGCUGCAAAUCCCAUGAAUUAGAGACACGGUGACAAUUGUGCAGUGUUAAGAUGCUGCGGUGUGUGAAGGGAGGCUUACGCUUCCUCUCUGUUCAACGUGUCUCAGUGCUGAACACAGCCUUCCAGAGCAGCCAGCAUGUGGAGUACAAGCCCAUCAAGAAAGUUCUGGUGGCCAACCGAGGUGAGAUUGCCACCCGAGUAUUCCGGGCGUGCACAGAGCUCGGCAUCAGGACAGUGGCCGUCUAUUCUGAGCAAGACACUGGGCAGGUGCACAGACAGAAGGCGGAUGAGGCCUACCUCAUAGGGAAGGGAUUACCCCCGGUCCAGGCCUACCUACACAUUCCUGACAUCAUAAAGGUGGCUAAGGAGAAUGAAGUGGACGCAGUUCACCCUGGCUAUGGCUUCCUGUCAGAGCGUUCGGAUUUUGCACAGGCCUGUAACGAUGCUGGUGUGCGAUUCAUUGGGCCCAGUCCUGAGGUGGUACGUAAGAUGGGAGACAAGGUGGAGGCCCGCGCUAUCGCAGUCGGUGCUGGUGUUCCCGUUGUUCCAGGCACAGAUUCUCCUAUAACUUGUGUAACAGAAGCCAAGGAAUUCUCAAACAAAUAUGGCUUCCCCAUAAUCUUCAAGGCUGCCUACGGAGGUGGUGGACGAGGCAUGAGAGUGGUGCGGAGUUAUGAGGAGCUGGACGAGAAUUAUACCCGGGCAUAUUCCGAGGCCCUGUCUGCUUUUGGAAACGGAGCUCUGUUUGUGGAGAAGUUCAUUGAGAAGCCACGUCACAUAGAGGUCCAGAUACUUGGUGACAAACAUGGCAAUGUGAUACAUCUUUAUGAGCGAGAUUGCUCCAUCCAGAGACGUCAUCAGAAGGUGGUGGAAAUAGCACCAGCUGCUCAGCUAGACCCACAGCUACGAGACCGACUGACCCAUGAUUCUGUGAAGCUUGCAAAGCAGGUUGGCUAUGAAAAUGCAGGUACCGUCGAGUUCCUUGUGGACAAACAUGGCAGACAUUACUUCAUAGAGGUCAACUCUCGGCUGCAGGUGGAGCACACCGUGACCGAGGAGAUAACAGACGUUGACUUGGUUCAUGCUCAGAUCCACAUUGCAGAGGGAAAAAGCUUGCCUGAGCUUGGCCUGAAGCAGGAAAAUAUCCGAAUCAAUGGCUGCGCCAUACAGUGUAGAGUCACUACUGAAGAUCCUGCCCGUGGAUUCCAGCCUGACACUGGCAGAAUUGAGGUCUUCCGGAGCGGCGAGGGUAUGGGCAUCCGAUUGGACAGUGCAUCGGCCUUCCAAGGAGCUGUGAUAUCCCCGCACUAUGACUCUCUUCUUGUCAAGGUCAUUGCACACGGGAAAGAUCACCAAGUGGCAGCGACCAAAAUGAGCAGAGCACUGGCAGAGUUCCGAAUCCGUGGAGUGAAGACCAAUAUCCCUUUCUUGCAAAACGUCUUGAAUAAUCAUCAGUUUCUCCAUGGAACAGUGGACACCCAGUUUAUCGAUGAAAAUCCUGACCUCAUCAACCUGCGACCGGUUCAGAACAGAGCACAGAAGCUCCUUCAUUAUCUAGGUCACGUGAUGGUGAACGGACCAACUACACCCAUUCCGGUUAAAGCCAAGCCAUCAGCUAUAGAUCCUGUCGUACCACCUAUUUCAAUGAAUGAGCCACCUCCAGGAUUUAGAGAUGUUCUUCUUCGCGAGGGUCCAGAAGGCUUUGCAAAGGCCGUCCGCAACCACCAAGGAAUGCUGCUUAUGGACACCACUUUUCGAGAUGCCCACCAGUCACUACUAGCUACACGUGUCCGAACCCAUGACCUUAAGAAGAUCUCUCCAUUUGUCUCGCACAAUUUUAACAAUCUGUUCAGUUUGGAAAAUUGGGGAGGUGCAACUUUUGACGUUGCUAUGCGAUUCCUUUAUGAAUGCCCUUGGAGACGACUACAAGAAUUAAGGGAGCUCAUCCCUAACAUACCCUUCCAAAUGCUUCUCAGAGGUGCAAAUGCUGUGGGAUACACCAACUACCCUGAUAAUGCCGUUUUCAAGUUUUGUGAAGUGGCGAAAGAGAAUGGAAUGGAUAUCUUCAGGGUGUUUGACUCUCUGAAUUAUCUACCUAAUAUGAUUUUGGGUAUGGAAGCAGCAGGCCAAGCUGGUGGGGUCGUAGAAGCUGCCAUCUCAUAUACUGGGGAUGUGGCAGACCCUACUCGCACCAAGUACACAUUGGAUUACUACGUAAAUCUGGCUGAAGAGCUUGUCAAAGCUGGAACACACAUCUUGUGCAUAAAGGACAUGGCAGGACUGUUGAAACCCAAAUCUUCAGAUAUGCUGAUUCGAGCUCUCAGAGACAAAUUUCCCGACACCCCAAUUCAUGUGCAUACCCAUGACACAGCCGGUGCCGGGGUGGCUUCUAUGCUGGCAUGUGCACAAGCUGGAGCUGACAUUGUGGACGUAGCGGCUGACUCCAUGUCUGGAAUGACUUCUCAGCCUAGUAUGGGGGCUUUGGUGGCAUGUGCAAAGGGCACAGACCUGGACACAGGAAUCCAGCUAGAGAAGGUUUUUGACUACAGCGAGUAUUGGGAAGUAGCUAGAGGUCUCUAUGCUGCCUUUGACUGUACAGCAACCAUGAAAUCUGGAAACGCGGAUGUCUACGAUAAUGAGAUCCCUGGAGGCCAAUACACCAACCUUCAUUUCCAGGCUCACAGUAUGGGGCUGGGGAACAAGUUCAAGGAGGUGAAGAAGGCCUAUACUGAGGCCAACAAACUUCUGGGAGAUGUUAUCAAGGUAACACCUUCCUCCAAGAUUGUGGGAGACUUGGCCCAGUUUAUGGUACACAAUGGCUUGUCACGUGAAGAGGUUGAAACAAUGGCAGAUGAACUCUCCUUCCCGCUCUCGGUGGUGGAAUACCUGCAAGGUUUUGUUGGAAUUCCUUAUGGUGGUUUCCCAGAGCCAUUUCGCUCAAAGGUUCUGAAAGACCUACCACGCAUUGAAGGUAGACCUGGAGCCACAUUGCCGGCAAUGGAUUUUACAAAACUGGAAGAAGGGUUGAAGAGCAAAUAUGAUGAUAUCACUCCGGAGGAUGUUAUGUCUGCUGCUAUGUAUCCCAAAGUAUUUGAGGAGUACAAAGACUUUAGUACUCAGUUUGGUCCAGUUGAAUGUCUCAAUACUCGCCUCUUCUUGGAGGGACCUAAAAUAGCUGAGGAAUUUGAGGUGGAACUGGAAAGAGGGAAGACACUACACAUCAAAGCCCUUGCUCUAGGGGAUCUGAACAAGGCUGGUCAAAGGGAAGUCUUCUUUGAGCUCAAUGGUCAACUUCGAUCCCUCCUUGUUAAAGAUACUCAGGCCAUGAAGGAAAUGCACUUCCACCCCAAGGCCCUGAAGGACGUAAAAGGUCAGAUUGGAGCCCCCAUGCCAGGAAAAGUGAUUGACAUUAAGGUGAAAGAAGGGGAUAAAAUUGAGAAGGGACAGCCUCUCUGUGUACUGAGUGCCAUGAAGAUGGAGACCUUGGUGAAUUCUCCAGUCUCUGGAACAAUCAAGAAGAUCUACGUGAAACUCGACAUGCAUCUGGAAGGAGAAGAUCUUGUACUAGAAAUAGAAUAAAUUGAAAUUAAAAUGGAAUAGUUGUGCCGGGGAAGGGGAUUAGUGAGUUGCCUAGGUUUCUGUUCCCUCUUGUAAGAUUGAGAGGGUGCUGUAUACUCAUCUCCCCAUGCCUGCUGACAGUGUGUCUGAUCUAUGUAAAUGAAAUGCUUUACAUGCGGGUUUAGGGACCUAAAUUGAUAUCUGGAUUAUUUUCACUUUGCUGGUUGAAAAAAAAAAUUUGCUAAAUAACACACACAAAUGCUUUUUCCUGAGCUUUCAGGCGAACAUUAGGGAAAGUGUUUGCCAAUCUGUGCUCUUGUCUAGGUGCAGAGAAAUUGCUCCGCUGGAGAUUGCUUGCCAUUUGAAAGGGAGUCAGAUGUUUCACAUAAAAUAUAAAUCUCUCCGAUUUCUUUUAAGUGCCAAACAGCAAAUCGCUGAGCUUGCAACUACCACUUGUGCUCCAUCCAGUUCCUGAAUGAAUAGGGAUUGGAUAUGUAUGAGACUCCCUGCAUGUUCGAUAUAUGCCAAUUGCAUACAGUGAUUGGCAGUGUGUAGCUGCUGAAGCUGUGACUGCAUUUAGCGAUGACGCACAUAACUCCUGAUCACUGCUUUCUUACUAACCGAUGCAUUCCUUUCCAUCAUCUCGUAGCUUUCAGCACCAUGGACAGAGGUGCAACCGCCUGCUACUGUUCUACUGUGCACAAAACAUUGCAUCAAAACUACUUCUCCUGUAAGGCAGAUGUGAGGUGGAGCAAACGGCAACAAGAAGUAGAAAAAGAAUGUCUCGGAGCGGAAAAGUCACUUUGUUUUACCAUUGCAUGCAAUGUCCACUGUAUGUCCAUACUCCUUCUUCCGUCUUACGAACUCCGGAAACAAAGCAUAACACCAGCAGGUUUUCUUAGCCUCUGGGCACAGAUCUUCUCAGCAUUCAGACUCCAUUAGUCCCCACGCUCCAUGAAAGCCGAAAGACCAGGGGAGAGAAGGACAAAAAAGAUUACUCGAUAGGAUCCGUAUUACAAUAAAAGUUCCAAGAUAUCGCCUUGUUCCAUUACACAUCAGUAAAGGAACCCUGGGAGCUCAUCUACAUUCAGGUUUUACCUUUUUGGCUUAAUCAGGAACUGAACUCCAAGGAAUCAGAGUGAAUAAAUUGGAGUUUGGUCCCUGAAGAAGCUCUAAAGGUGAAACCUGGUCGGGCGUGGGCCCCGGGCUUGUUUUAUUGAUGUGUAAUGGAACAAGGUGAUAUCCUGUAAAGUUUACAGAAUUGGAUCCCAUUCAGUAGUCCUUUUUGUCCUUCUCUCUCUUGUCCUGGCUGUCUAUCUGCUUCCAUGGGUGACUAAUGGAGCCUAAACGCUGAGAUCAUCUGUGCCCAGAGGCUGAAAGAAGCUGCAGUGGAAGUUUUAUGGUAUAAGAAGAAGUGGGCCCAGUCUGUGAAGGCCCUAAAACAGGUGGAGAAGUGUGGACAUAUUGUGGACAAUCUGGUCCAUAUUGUGGACAACUCUUCAGCAUCGGGACAUUGUUUUCUAUUUCUGUUACAUAUCCUCUUACUGCAAUAUACAUAUAAAAGGGGACUCUUUUUUUCUUUAAAAUAGUAAUGUUUACUUUGUUUCCCGUGAUUUUGGUUUAGCGUUUCAUGAUACUAUGCAAUUAAUUUGGAAUAUUUUAAGCUGCAGAGUUUCUUAAAAGUGUUUUUGCCUAUGUUCUUUUGAGAGCAUUUUACAUUAUUUUGCAUUUCCUAUAUUAUGAUUUUUUUAUUACUUUGUACCUUCACAGCCACACUUAUUCUGUCUAUAGGUUGCUGAUUGUUGCCUUCCAGACCCCGGAUUAUAUUUGUAGCAAUGGUAUUUUUAGUCUAUAUGUUCAUUUUUUUAAGGCUGGUAACACUGUAAAUGAAUCAUACCCUCAUAUAGUAGGCAAAAAUGGUGCAUACGGAAUGACCUGGAUUACUGGGACUUGUAACUGGGAAAAAAACGUAAUUCCUAAUCCUUAUAUGUGACCUAUCAUCAGGAUGUGGUGUAUUCUGUUGUUGGAAUGUCAGGUUAUUUUUCCACUGGUUCUGCAUAGUAUUCUUCCGCGGUGCAUAAUCAGGACUGCAGCUCAUGCACUAUGAAGCAAAUUCGCUUUUGCUUAUACAAUUACAGUUGUCAGCAUCAAGAUGGCUGCCUUAACACUACGAAAUCUCAUCAAAGACGCCUCUGAGAGCACAGCCUGUAAAGAGCAGUUUGUAAACCAUGUGGCAGGUGCUGAGGUUGUCAAGGAAUAGUAACUCGUAUGCUCGAGUAACUUUAUAGACAAAAUUUGUCUCUGGAGGAUAUAUGAAGAGUUUGGGUAACGACAUACGUUUGCUGUAUUCUCUGCUUUCAGUCUAUAAAAGACAUCAAAAUGAAAUAGAGGAAAUAAAAUGUUUGCAUAACCAACACUGCUAUAUAGUGCACAUACCCGACGGGUGAGAUCGUACGUCCCUAAUUUCUGUGGUCGUUAGAGAGGGAAUGGCAGAGGUGGAUCACUUCCAGUAUUGUUACAUGGAGGAUUGCAGCUGCACACAGUUAUAACUAUAAUCAUGAGAGUACAUGGCGGUGCACAUAGAAGGCUGGGAUAUUCAUUUAGGUAGGGGGGGAGCUAUGCAUUUAAAGGCACGUGUGAAAAACCUGAGCACUUUUAUUGACACUGUAUUAGGCAAGCACAGCUUAAAGGGGUUAUCCAGCAAUUUGAUAUUGAUAACCAGGGUAGGUCACCAAUAUCAGAUCAGCUGAGGUCGGAAUCCCGUAACUUCUCAUAGGCCAGUGACAUCUCUGUACAUCAAUCAAGUGAAUGGAUCCGAGCUGCAAUACCAAGUACAGCCACUAUAAUAUGUAUGGCACUGUGCUCCAACUCCUCUGAGCAUAGCAGCCAUUUCAGACAGCUGAUUGGCAGGGGUUUCGGGAGUCAGACCGCCACCAAUCUGAUAUUGAUGGCCUAUCCCGAGGUCAUAAAUAUUAAUGGUGGACAUUAUAAGCCAUACUAGUUUAGAUGUGAAUCCAGCUGUGAAAUGAGCUAGUAAAUCACCAACUAGCCAGCUGCACCAUCUCUGUCUGUGUGCCUGCCUCUCAGCAGCAGACCUUGCCUCCUUCUCCAGAGACAUCUGGGUUGUAAUCUGAUUCUUCUGAACCUCUUCAUUGAAGACAGAUUCGAGCAAUUGAGAAUGAGGUGUGGGGGAUGCAUUUUUCUGUGAUAAGAUACAUUACAAAGUUUCUUAUAUUUCCUGUACUAUUCAAUAAUGUGAUCCAAACAUUUUACAAAGUUUCUUAUAUUUCCUGUACUAUUCAAUCAUGUGAUCCAAACAUAUAGUAGAUGAAAACAAAUAGCAUCAAGAACCAGAAUUACUGUAGCCUAACUUCCCUGCCCUUCAGCAGUAUAAAUACUACAUUUUAAUUUAGGACAGCAGCUGUGCAUUGUGGGUAAAUCAUAGGCAUUUAGGGAUUGCCAGCUGCUUGCUUGGACUACCCCUGGUCUUGAGUGCCCUUGGGCUCUGCCUAUUUUAAGAUUUUUACCAUCUAACCUCCCUUGCCUAGUUAAGAAUUUAUAAAGACUGAGCUGUAAGACGCUAUGUGAUGUGUUCUACAUUAAGAUUCUCAGUCCUGUACCCUCUUUUCACCUUCACUUUUUUUUCUCAUGUAGCAACAUUUGCUGAUACGUAGAGCACUCAUCGCCAACACCUCUUUCGCCACGUUAACUCUUCCCUAGCAGGAGCGUGUGCAGUAGAAGUUGACGUACAUACAUGUGCUCAGCGGUUGUCCUUUUUUCACAUGAAUCUCCGAUAUCUGAGCUCUGCUCACACAGAGGGAGCACUUUGUAACUCAGUAAGUGUAUCCAGGUGCUUUGUUAAAAAUGUGUUUGCCGAGGACGUUGCUAAAUGUUCAGCAUUGCAAUAGUUUCCCCUCCAAUAAUGCCGUGUACUCGGCGCCUCUAAUUAGGAGGCUGUUUUACCUUACGUAGCUGUCAGACUGGAUGAUCUCUUGGUAUGAUUCUUAUAGGUCUGGAUAAGUGAAUAGGUAAAGGUUUCCGAAGGGCUAUUUGCAUUUCCAUUUACUGUGCCAUGAUGAUCCGUUUGCAGAUACACUUUGUGCAAAGAGCCUGUGGGCAAUACAUAGCACGUUGUGAGCGCUCUGACCUUUUAAUAACUAGAAUACAAUGAACUGUGUGUGAACCCAGUCGGGCCAUAUAGUAAUAAAUGUGAGCUGAUGUGCGGCUGGUAUCAUGGAUGGCUACUAUGGAGUCAGUGGAAGCAGAAUGUGGUGGAUCACAUCUUUCCAAAAUUGUAAUGUUACAGAUCUAUUCUAGCUCUCCUCAAUGAAGUGUUAGGCCUGUACGUAACGCACACUUUCCAUAUCGCUCACCUCCUGGUGGAUUUUUCGUGCUGGGGAUCUUUUAGUUCUAGCAUUUUCUUGAGCACAAAAUGUUUUUACCUUUAAUAAAUGAGCAGCUUCUUAUCUGCUUAGUCUAUGCAGAAACGUACUCCGCACUUGCACAGAGAUUUAGUAUCGAAUACAAGCACCCAAGCUGUCGUACAGAAGAGAUUCUGGGGGUAGCAAUACAGAUGGUUUUUUGUGCAUUUAUACAUGUGCUUGCUUUUUUACAUGUAUUCAUUUAAAGUCACAGCAGCAAUGGUUUUAAUAUAUUGUUCGUGUGCCCAUCAGGCACCUUUUAACCACUGUCCACAAAGGUUUAAUAGGACUAGGGGGGAGAUUAAUGACAGACCGGUGUUUUACACAGGCCUAUGAUAUCUCCUGCACUGCCAGAAGAUGCGACUAAUAUAUGACGAGGCACAGGCCUCUUCAACAGUUAUUGGGCACCUCCAGCUGUCCGUGCACCAGACUGAAGCUAAGAGCUGCCGUACAUUUCUGUCCUUAUUUGCACCUGAAAACAGGCACAAAUGAAGAUAAAUUGGGUGGACCUGCUGGCCCACGCCAUGGCCCGUUUUCAGAAAGAGGCAAAGACGGUGUAGAAACACCACUUGCAACAAAAUUUGAGGAACAUGGUUUACGACUUUUUCUGGCGCAGGGAGAUGAAAAAUCUCCCCCUUGGUGUUUACACUGGCUAUGUUUUCAGGCUCAUCCACAAGCUGGGUGCACAAUACCUUUUAGUCAUGCUCGUCCCACUUUAUGUAUCCCAGUAUUUUAUGUUGUACAGUCACAUUGGGUGCCCUAAUUAUAAUACGUGUUGACUGUUCUGUCCAGUUGUGGCACAUGCUUCAAGCCAACACUUAAGCCACGUUAUUAUUCAUUGCUGGGCACCUAGAGCACAUAUCUUACCAGUUUAUAAUGGACUCUGGCGACAUUGUGGGUGAUCACAUUGGGUGGGAUUCUCUCCGUAGAGGCUGGGUUCUUAUUGUGCUUUUAGUCAAUGUAGUAGAACAGUAAUGGAGACUUCGUCCCCUUCUCUCCACUCCAUAUCUUAGGUUAUAAAGGCUGCUUUGUGAGUCUAGUAACAUUUAAAAAUAAGUAGCGAUUAUGGUGAAGAUUGUAACCCCCAAAUCAUUGUUAACUGUGGACCAUUAACUUUUGUUUUCUAUUACAUUGUUUACAUCGCGAACUAACUGGAUAAUUUCCUUGAUUGUCUAAUGCCAAGGAAGUAACAAAGAGAAUUAAUUUGUAAAAUGUCUUAAAUGUACAGGUUGAAUUUUGCCUUUGGACGCCUUGUUGUGUGUGUGACUUACCCUCAUGUUUAUCCAUUGGAAAUAAAGCUGAAAUUAUUAUAUUA